AUGCCUCUAACAUGUAACGCGAUUCCCACUAACUCCAGCCCAGCCAAGUCCCAUCUAGGCCGUUCCUACAAGGAAGCCAGCACCAGCCGGUGGCAACUACAAACACUUUUCAAGUCAUUCUUGGAGGAUAGGCCGGCCGAUACCAUGCUUGCAGUUCAAGAACGACGCCUUCUCAUUUCCUGGGACCUCAAGGCCAUCCAUUACUUGAGGAGAUGUUUGAGGAUGUGGAUUCUGGAUCAGGUCCCAGGCGACGCGAUCGGUGCAUUCCUCGUGACGGUCUUGUACGAACAAGACUUCCAUCUGGAUUACCGGCUGACCAUGAUGGUGAGGGAUGGACAAAGCCAGUUGCAUAUUGCUCGUCGUUUGUUAGCGUUCUAUCAAAUCCGAGACGAAACAGGCGCUCCGAUCUGGGAUAAUGUGACCAUCUAUGCCGAAGACGCUUACCAGAAACCACCAGGCCAGGGCAAGGGUGCUUCUGGGAGGUCUGCUGCUGCAAAAAAGCUUCAACAUCGCCCCCUUACACGGCCGCCUGCUGAUCCGAGAUGGCCCUUCUUCAUGGGUGCGCUUAGCGACCUGGAGCUUGAAGACCUCAUGCAAAAGUUAGGAGAGCACGAUCAGCAUGCAGAGGAAGAUCUACCUCUUUUAUUCACUGGUGUACGUGAUGAAGAUAUUCCUAUCAUCCAGGCGUUCCGGAGAUUCAAUCUCCACAAGAAUGAUUCAUCCGGGGACCUUCCUCUGCCCGAGUCUGGGACCGAUCAGAUUGGGCCUACCUCUAAGCAGACUAACAGAUCACAGGAUAAGCCCCUUCCUCCCAUUCCCACGAAGAAGCCUCUCCCAACCCUACCCAUUCACAAGGUUCUUCCCCAUACAUCUCUCCUCCCCCUCCCAACUCUUUCACGCCCCUCAAGCCCAAAUCCCUCAUCUGUGCGUGUGUCAACAUUCAUAUCAGAAAAGAAGCCUAAAAUUCAACAGGCAGACUAUGUACCAAGCAAACAUGCUAACAUUGAACAGAUAAAUUGUAAGGCCGACCAUUCGUCCAUAUCUCGCCCAAAGCCAAAGCCUCCCGUUAACGUCAACCAGCACGCUCCUCAUCCCUCAGACAUCACUAUUGUUCCCUGUCAUAUAUAUCAUAAUGCUCCCCCAUCCACUCCUAAGCUUCAAAAGAAAGGGGGUAUCGGAGAAUUGCACAAGGCUCAAGAGCGUGGCGGUUGA